AUGAAGUCUGCCACGAGCUGGAAGGACAUUCCCCCGGUCCCUACGUCGACCGAAUUCCUCGAUGUCGUGCUCUCACGCACACAAAGGCGGCUGCCGACUCAAAUUCGAAGCGGCUUCAAGAUCAGCCGUAUCAGAGGCUUUUACACCAGGAAGGUCAAAUUUACCCAGGAGACGAUAUCUGAGAAGAUUGGAUCUAUUCUGGAGGCUUUCCCACGAUUGAACGAUAUCCACCCGUUCCACCGCGAUUUGCUCAACACUCUGUACGAUGCGGACCAUUUCCGGAUUGCCCUCGGUCAGUUGUCGACAGCAAAACAUCUCAUUGAGACGAUCUCUAGGGAUUAUGUUCGUCUACUGAAGUACGGACAAAGUCUCUUCCAAUGCAAGCAGCUGAAACGAGCCGGCCUCGGUCGUAUGGCCACUAUCAUCAAGCGACUCAAAGAUCCCUUGUCCUACUUGGACCAGGUCCGCCAACAUCUUGGCCGUCUGCCAUCUAUCGACCCCAACACCCGGACACUUUUGGUCUGCGGAUACCCCAAUGUCGGCAAGAGCAGCUUCUUGCGCAGCGUCAGCCGUGCCGAUGUGGAUGUUCAGCCAUGGGCCUUCACAACCAAGUCGCUCUUCUGCGGCCACUUUGACUACAAGUACCUUAGAUUCCAGGUUGUUGAUACACCCGGUAUUCUUGACCACCCCCUCGAAGAGAUGAACGUUAUUGAGAUGCAGUCGAUCACCGCCAUUGCUCAUCUUCGCGCUGCCAUUCUGUACUUUAUGGAUCUAUCAGAGCAGUGCGGCUACACCGUGCAGGCGCAGAUGCAGCUUUUCCGAAGCAUCAAGCCCUUGUUCGCCAACAAGCUUGUCUUCCUUGUGAUCAACAAGAUCGACGUUGUCAGGCCAGAAGAUCUUGACCCCGAGACAGCCGCUGAGUUACAGUCUCUUCUGAAGUCAGGCGAGGUGGAGAUGCUGCAGCUCUCCUGCAAUACGCAGGAGGGUGUCCAAACCGUAAAGAACGCCGCGUGCGAGAAGCUCAUCCAGGAGAGAGUGGCAGCCAAGCUGAAGGCAGGCACUACCAGCAGCGGCGCCGUGGGUGGCCGUCUUGCGGAUGUCAUGACCAGAAUCCACGUCGCCCAGCCCAUGAAUGGCACAGUCCGGGAGACCUUCAUCCCAGAGGGUGUCAAGAAUGUCAGGAAGUAUGACAAGAGUGACCCAGAAAGGCGGACGCUCGCGCGGGAUAUCGAGGAGAUGAAUGGAGGCGCUGGAGUGUUCAACGUCGACCUCCGUGCUGACUGGUUGCUCGAGAACCCUGACUGGAAGCACGACAAGAUUCCUGAGGUCUUUGAUGGCAAGAACGUCUAUGAUUACAUCGAUCCUGACAUCGAUGCUAAGCUGGCAGCCCUCGAAGAAGAGGAGGAGCGUCUAGAAGCUGAAGGCUAUUAUGACUCCGAUGAGGAGAUCGACGAUGACGAGGAGGAAGAGAUUCUCACGAAGGCCGAGCAGAUCCGGGAGAAGCAGGCGCUCAUCCGAAAUGAGGCCAGAAUGAGGAAGUCUCUGAAGAACCGAGCUAUAAUCCCCCGAAGCAAGACAAAGAAGCCUCUGUCCGCUCUGGACGACCAUCUGGACUCACUAGGUGUUGACACAACGGAGAUUGUCGAGAGGGGUAGAUCCCAGUCUCGCCCUCGUGGCCGAUCUCUGGCAAGGAGUCGCCUCGGUACUGAGGACGCUGACGCUAUGGAUCUCGAUAGCACGCCCAGAGAGCGUUUGAGGUCGAAGAGCAGAGCCCGCAGCCAGCCGGCCACCGACAGACGGCAGGAUGGUGUCCAGGAUGAGACCGCUAGAUCGAAGGCGGAGCGUGUGGCCAAGCUGAGCCAGCGCAAGAUGAACAGGAUGGCAAGGGCUGGUGAGGCCGACAGACAUAUUGCCGCAGCGAUGCCCAAGCAUCUGUUCGCCGGCAAGCGUGGCAUGGGAAAGACUUCUCGCCGUUAA